AUGUUCACGGUACUCCGGCGGUUUUCAAUAUUGAUGACGAUGGUUUUGGAGUAUUACAUAUUGAAUGUGAAAGCGACACGAGCCGUUCGUAUUUCGGUCUGCAUGAUGAUUGCCGGAUCUAUUAUCGCAGCACUAUUCGACCUUACCUUCGACCUCUGGGGGUACACAUUCAUAGGACUAAAUGAUAUCUGCACAGCUGCUCUUGGUGUAUACACUAAACAGAAACUUGAAGCAAAAGAGCUCGGAAAGUAUGGUCUGAUGUUCUACAAUUCUUUAUUCAUGUUGGUUCCAACAUUCAUGCUGAUCUGCUAUACCGGUGAUACAAAUCGGGUAACGAUUUGCAUGCAUAUAAAAAAGACUCACCCUCUUUUCGCUCACAGCGAAAAUAUGUUAGCUCGAAGUGGUAGUUUGAAAUGA